UAAGACUAUUGACCCCAUAUGUAUGCAGUCUUAAGGAGGAACAGUAUCGUGUUUCGUAUGUGCGUCAUUAUUGUUUUAUUUUGUGGCCAGAUAAACACUGUGUCUCGCAUGAUCUUUAUUAUUUAUUCAUUAGUUAAAUGAUGGUAGUGAGGUCGGUAUCAUUGGUCGAGUUAAAAAAACAACAAUGGGCAAAAGAAAAAGAAGAGCUGGUAAAAUUAAACAGUUACUGGAGAAAUCAAAACACGCCAAUCGUUUUUAAUGAUCAGAGGGAUCAUGUCAUAUAUCCAGAAAUACGUUCAAAUGACCUUGAUCGCCUAGCCGCAUACAAAGAUUUACAAACACAAAAAAUUUUAAGUUUUCCUCCGAUUUCUCAUGAUAAUCAAAAACAAAACUUACACAACAAUACUUACACUAAUAAAAUUGAAAAAGAUCUAAACAUUGAUGCUGGAGUGAUGGAUGAUUCUAAACCAAAAAGCACUCAUACUAUAUUAAAUCGGACAUACACAAUAUCAAAAGAAAACAAUACUAAUGAAGGAGGAGGGACACCAGAAAGACAAAAGUGGGAUAAGCAAUAUAAUGUUUUAAAUGCUGGAUUAAAUCCUCCAAACUUCAAUUCAAAUGAGAGAAAAUAUUUAAGAAAUGAAAGAAACGAGACGCCAAGUUGGGUAGAACAUUCAUCGGAAAACCCUUCUGCAACCAACGAAAUUGGUAAAACACAAUUCCAAGACACUCAUAAACCUCCAGAUUUUGGAGGUAGCUGUGACACUUUAAAUUCAUUAGAUUCAAACAACGUUUGUAACAGGACUUACUUACUAGGGCAAAAUAUUCCAUUGACCACCGAAGAAAUAGCUGCAAGAGAAGUUAAAAGGCAAAAAGCAAUGGAACUUCAAGAAGCUAUAAAACAACAGUUAAAAGAAAGACAAUUAAAAAAAAAAGAAGAACUCGAAAAGAAAAAGCAGGACGAUCUGAUUGAAGAACGACGUAUACAAAGGCAACAAGAAAUUGAAAAAAAACGAUUAGAAGACGAAUUGAAACGACAAAGAGAAAAAGAAUUGUGUGAUGAACGUAAAGCGAAAGCUAUGCAAGAAGUUUUGGAGAAUGCACAAAAACAAGCAAAGGAGGACAAAUCCAAACACAUGCAAAAAAAACGACAAAAUCAGGAAGAAGUCAAAGAACAAAUUUCCACAGAACCUGUAGUGGUAGUUAGUAAUUGCAGUGAACCUAAACUUGAACCUAAAGUUUGCCUAGAACCAAAGGCACAACCAAACGCACCAAAUCCAGUAGAGAUUAAAGAGAUCCCUAAGUUGCCGGACGUCGACGUAACACUUCAAACUUCACUCUCUCCUCUAAACCGCCAAAAAUUGUUGACACCGAGCAAAUUUCGGAGUCAGACUACUAGUGUAGCAAUCCAAACUGAUAUUUUAAAGAAACCUGUGAAAACUUCGGUUAGUAAUGUAUAUCAAAAAUCUAUAGAUUUGGACCAAAGGCCAAAGUGGGGAGUGAACAGACCAGAAGUACAGUAUGUCAAACAAAGUGCCAAAGAUCCAAAUUACCAGUUGAAACUGAGACAAAAAUCACCGUGGGCCAGACGGAUAAGUAAUGCAAAUUCAGCAAAAAGUCAAUCACCAAACUUAAAUGGACGAGCCGGCUUAACGUUUCCGGAUAAUUAUUCAAAAAAGACGUUUGCAUACGGCCGGCCAAAUUUUGCAGAAAUGAAAAACAGUAAAAGUGUUCCAAAUAAAACUCCUUCGUUGCCAGAAAGCAUAUCGGUUAAGGAUGUGUUAUACCAAUUAUCAUCGUUAAGAAAAGCACUAGAAACCAAACGAAAACAUUGGAAAAGUGUUAUUGCUGACGAAUCACCAUCAUCAGAUUCUUCAUGAUUAUUUAAUAUUACUUUUAUAAAUCAUUAAUAUUACCUCAAU